AUUCUGUGCUCUCAAGCCAUCUCACAGCUCACACUAAGCCUCUCCCUCGCUCCAUCGGAGAACCUAAGGGACAACUCCCGUCCUAGCAACCCAAUGGCAGCGGCCACCAUGUCCCUCUCCUCCCCGGCCUUCGCCGGCAAGGCGGUGAAGAAUGUGUCGUUGUCGGCCCUCUUCGGUGAGGCACGCGUCACCAUGCGCAAGACUGCGGCAAAGGCAAAGCAAGUUGCUUCAAGCAGCCCGUGGUACGGUGCCGAUCGCGUGCUCUACCUUGGCCCACUAUCAGGUGAGCCGCCGAGCUAUUUGACCGGUGAGUUCCCCGGUGACUAUGGGUGGGACACCGCUGGACUCUCAGCUGACCCCGAGACCUUCGCAAAGAACCGUGAGCUGGAGGUGAUCCACUGUCGAUGGGCCAUGCUUGGUGCCCUCGGUUGUGUCUUCCCUGAAUUGCUUGCCCGCAAUGGUGUUAAGUUUGGCGAGGCUGUUUGGUUCAAGGCCGGCUCCCAAAUCUUCAGUGAGGGUGGCCUAGACUAUCUCGGUAACCCCAGCCUCGUCCACGCGCAAAGCAUCCUGGCCAUUUGGGCUUGCCAAGUUGUGCUCAUGGGCGCUGUCGAGGGGUUUCGCAUUGCCGGUGGCCCACUCGGCGAGAUCGUUGACCCACUUUACCCCGGAGGUAGCUUUGACCCACUCGGGCUAGCCGACGACCCUGAUGCGUUUGCGGAGCUCAAGGUGAAGGAGAUCAAGAACGGCCGUCUUGCCAUGUUCUCCAUGUUUGGCUUUUUUGUGCAGGCUAUCGUCACCGGCAAAGGCCCACUAGAGAACCUCGCUGACCAUAUCACCGACCCCGUCAACAACAAUGCGUGGGCAUUUGCCACCAACUUCGUGCCCGGCAAGUAAGACACCUACUAGGGUUGACUUGAGGGCUGGCGGGGUGGUCUGAUAUGUACUACCAUCAUGUAAAUUACAAGAAUCCGUGCAAAAGCAUUGUUUGAUCUGUCAACAUUUAUUCUCAUGUCCUGUAUUUAGCUACUUGUUGUAGUUGCACUCUAUACUUCACUAGACAACGACUUGUGCACUGGUAUUGUUUGAUUUAUCAACAUUCAUUCUCAUGUCC